GAGCACGUGCGGCUCCGACAGUCGAGUCCUGGUCCUCCUGAGGUCGCCUUCAUCAUGCCUAGUCUAGUCACAUCAUCACCGAGGCAACUGCUGCACCUUUUGGACAGUGACAAAAGGGGAAAGUGCAGGAGAGUAAACCUGAAGUCUCCUCUCCGCUGUGGGUCAUCUCAAUCUUCUUCUUCUGAAGGACUCUGUUUUGAUGAGAUGUCGCAGUGGUCCCAAUCCCUCGACAGGCUUUUAACGUCCAACUAUGGCAGACAAAUCUUCCAGGUCUUUUUAAAGUCUGAGUUCAGCGAUGAAAACAUUGAGUUUUGGCUGGUCUGUGAGGAAUAUAAGGAGAUCAAGUCUUCAUUCCGGAUGACGUCGAGGGCUAAAAAGAUUUUCAAACGCUACAUCCAGGCAGAAGCCCCGAGAGAGAUAAACAUUGAUCACAAAACCAGAGAGACGAUCCGACGAAACAUCCAGGAGGCCAACCGAAUGUGCUUCAAUGACGCCCAGAGGAUUGUCUACGGACUGAUGGAGAAAGACUCUUACCCUCGUUUCCUCAGGUCUGACAUCUACAGCGCUUUAUUGGAGUCAAAGUCUGUGAAAAUGUAAGCACGGAGGGUUUCAGAGACACAACUGCUUGGACAAACUGGACGUCUCAAAUGGGCAGCAAAGUCACGUAUUAGCGCAGUGUCAGGUGUUGUGAUGCACAUCUGUAGGAACUGUGGACAGAAGGUGUUUGGUGGUGGUGUAUUAACAGAUAUAGCCUGAUGUAAUAGACUGCCAGAGCUACCAAACACACUCAAUGCAUGCUGUUUUUAUUUAUACCUACAUGUGUUAUGUGCUUGCAAUGCAUCCAGUCUUGAUAUAUAAUGUUCUAAUAAAGGAAU